AUGGUAGGAAAGAAGAAGCGGAAUCAUCCAGAUAUUGAAGAGCUGCUCGCUCGACCCUGGUGUUAUUACUGUGAGCGCGAUUUCGAUGACUUGAAAAUCCUCAUUUCUCAUCAGAAAGCUAAACACUUCAAGUGCGAAAGAUGUGGUCGCAGACUGAACACCGCUGGAGGUUUAUCAGUACACAUGAACCAAGUUCACAAAGAAACCCUGACAAAUGUCGAUAACUCACUACCAAAUCGUCAGGGACUUGAGAAUGAAAUUUUCGGUAUGGAGGGGAUUCCAGAGGAUAUUGUUCAAGCACAUAGCCAGCGUAUAAUUGCAGUUUAUUAUCAAGCAGAAGCAGAACGCCGAGCUGUAACUGGUAAUCCCGGACCUGGUGGUGCUGCAAGUGCAAGCGGUCAACCUAAGAAGCCAAAGCUCGAAUCACCUGCUGAGCUAAAGAAAAGACUUGCCGAACAUAAAGCCCGAAAGGCAGAACAAGCAGCAUCCGGAGCUUCGAACAUUGGUGGUAACCUAGAACAAAAUAGUCCCAUGAGCACAUUUAACCCCCCACCCGCACAAUCACAGGCAGGAUUCAGUGGACAACAGAGCUCAAAUUUUGGACCAUUCCCGUCAGAGUCUUUCGUGCCGCCUACGGCAUCAUACCAACCGCAAUUCUCCCAGCAACCUACUUUCUCCGGACCACCUGGCGCUUCUUAUCAGCCACAAUAUUCCCCACCACAACAGUAUUCUACCCAACAACCCUUUACCUCCAGCUUUUCACCCGCACAAACCUACCCUACCGCUCCCCAGUUUAGUGGCGCUGUCUCAUCGAGUAAUACAUUUAACAGCUACCAGUCUCCCUCACUGCAAUCGGCUCCGCAACACGGAGGUCUCCCUAGCCGCCCUCCAAGCCUUCCACUGGCUCCAGGACUUCCGCAGCGACCUAGUUUUGGUGCUCCGGCGGUACCGUCCUACCAGAUGCAACAACUACAUCAAGGACCACCUCAGGGCGGCUGGAGUGGAAAUGGCUGGAAAGGUCAAGACCAAAAACUGUCCAUACCAUCUACCUAUCACUCUCAUUCCCAAGGCUACGUAGGAGAUCUAUCCACCAAUGCAUCCUCGUUGGAAGACUUGGUCUCAUGUGCUGCCCGAGAGGCGGAUGAUAUCGACCACAUGAUCAGAAUGGCUGAAGCGGGAAUUAAACCUUCAAAGGUACUGGAAACUGCACCUACCGAACCGGCACAAAAUAACGUGGAAGACCACCAUAAAGAAUUACCAGAAGCUGUCGAAAAGACUGAUUCUGAAAAUAAAAAUGAAACAAUUGAUAAAAAGCAGAAGAAAGAGAAACCAAUUAAAAUGAUCUACUCGGACAAUAUACUAAGUCCAGAAGAAAGAAUGGCCAAGAUGCCGAGGUACGCAUUCGUCCCAGAUGAGAAAACUAAAUCAUCAUCUUUCGAUACAGCUAUGGUACCUGUCGAUACUACUACAGGAGCCGCACCAGAAAUAUAG